AUGGACGGGCGUCUGCCGGUGGCCAGCGAUGGCGGCACAUCCCCCAGAGAGGUUUACGGCGCCGUUAGCGGCAGAGGUGACCAGUCGGCCAUCUUUGACAGCCUUCCCGGGCGAGAAGCCUUGCCCCCGCCCCGCAGGCUCAACUUGAAGCAUGGCUUCAUGAAGUUCAUAGUGGACAACCAGUUGGCGCGCCGGGAGUACGAGGAGGAGCAAUUGCAACAGAGGGUGGAAAGAACCGCCGAAAUGAGAAGAGAGCAGCAGACUUUAGUCAACGAGUUCAAUUCAAAAUGCAACCUCGAUGACCGGAAGGGAACGCGCAAGCCGAAGAGGCGGGAGGUGCGUGUGAGGGCCGGGUUUGGAGCCUACACACCUCCACACACAAAGAACCGCGAGCUUGGCCUGCCCUCUCCACCCCGCAAAGCUGAUGGAGCCACUUGCGACAAGCCUCCAACUCCAGCUGAAAAGAAGAGUAUGGAUCGCAGUGAUGAACGCCCAGUCCCCACUGACAGUGCCAGCACAUGCCGCAAUCGCGAGAGGAAGGAAAGGCGUGUCAGACCUGGCUUUGGUGCUUAUGUGCCACCUGCUCAGCGCUCCGAGAAGACCCCAACAUAG